UAGACUCUGAAUGAUUAACUUCAACUUCAAUAUAUGGCAUAAAUCAAGAAGUCCAUGUUGUCCUUCAGGACGCUGAUAUAUUGUAUUAUCUUCUCAUAAUAGCGAAAUUUAUUCGUGCCCGAGAGAAGAGAACCGUUUUCGAUAAUUACCACCAAGUACCUUAACCAGACACCAUACACUAUGGGUCGUGUAGACCUCCGGCGCUUCAACGCCAACAAUUGGGAAACUCUCAGAAGAUACCCUUUGGCUGAGAUCUCAGGGGCCCUUGGGGACCUAGGCACUCUUCUCCCGCUGAUGAUAGCCCUCGCCCUCCAAAACUCCAUAUCCCUUUCCAGCACCCUCGUCUUCUCCGGACUAUGGAACAUCCUAACCGGAGCCAUUUUCGGAAUCCCACUCCCGGUGCAGCCGAUGAAGGCCAUAGCUGCAGUUGCAAUCUCGAGAUCCUUCACAAUCUCCGAGACCGUAUCGGCGGGGUUUUUCGUGUCAGGCAUUGUCCUCAUAUUUAGCAUCACUGGGCUACUACACUGGUUCACGAGUGUCAUCCCUACUCCGGUCGUGAAAGGGAUCCAAGUUGGAGCUGGAAUGUCGUUGAUCUUGUCAGCUGGAACAUCGCUCCUUCAACCACUCGGCUGGACCUCGCCGUCGUGGGCAGACAACCGGUUCUGGGGAAUUGGGGCAUUCCUGGCACUUCUCUGGACUCACUGCUUUCCACGGUUUCCUUACGCACUCAUAAUUUUUGUUAUCGGGAUUGUUCUGUCAUUUCUACUUACGGGACCUUCCUACUUGCCGUCGUUGGCAAUUUGGCAUCCCCAGUUUCUGGUCCCAUCGUGGAGUUCGUUCAAAACGGGAGCCAUUGAUGCUGGGCUUGGGCAGCUUCCUCUUACCACUUUGAAUUCAGUUAUUGCUGUUUCAUUUUUAUCUGCUGAUCUCCUGCCUCAUCUUCCAGCACCGUCAGUGACCUCUCUAGGUCUCAGCGUUGGACUAAUGAAUCUAAUUGGAGGUUGGUUUGGCGCAAUGCCCGUUUGCCACGGCUCCGGAGGACUCGCAGCACAAUAUCGUUUCGGUGCUCGAAGUGGGGCCGGUAUUAUCGUUCUUGGGCUGUUCAAGGUAGUCAUGGGUCUCGUAUUUGGUGAAACGCUGGUCGGUUUACUACAUCAGUAUCCGAAAAGCCUACUCGGUGUUAUGGUGCUCGCUGCCGGAAUAGAGUUGGCGAAGGUUGGUGAAACGUUGAACAACGGCGCCAGAGACCUGUGGGAGGAGUCGGAGGCCAGGGGGCCGUCGGUAUUGCAAGGUGGUUCGGUAGCAAAUGCGUUUAGGAUACCGACUGAUGAGGAGAGGGUGCAGAGGUGGACAGUGAUGGUGAUGACUAUUGGUGGGCUUCUGGCCUUCAAAAAUGAUGCCGUUGGGUUCCUCGCUGGAAUGUUGUGCCACUGGGCGUACAAUCCUCCGUCUAUAUUUAGCCGCCAAACAGGAUCACGGUGGAACUUCAACGUCCCUAAAAUCCGAUGGAAACGCAACACAGAGGAGCAGCAACUGUUGUCGUCGCCUUGAUUAGAAGUCUCGUAUUGGCUUUAGCAAUUUAGAACUUGGGGUUCGCCGUCCAUCAUUCAUGUAUGGCGAAAACCCAAUACAAGGGUGCUGUUAGUCAGUGACAAAUGAAAUAGAAGCUUCGUGAGAGUACCAGUCUAGGCAUUGGUCCGGGAGGCCUAGUUCAAAUAGACAUUCUUGAAAAACAAAGUAAAGAAAAGCGUGGAAGCUGCCGUCCCAAUAUAAGUUGAUGGGGAUAGAUAUUAUCAUUCCAUAAAGUGUGAGUAAACUCAAAAACAAAAAAUAAAAG